CUUCCCUCGUCUUCUGCCUCUGAACUCGCCGUCUUUUUAAAGUUGGGUGAUUCUUGUGUGUUUUGUCUUCCAGGGCUGUAAGUCAUUAAAGAACUCCAUCAUGGCGUCCACACCAGAGCUGAAGAUCGGCCAGAAGCUGAAUGAGGGAAAAACAAAGCAGAUUUUUGAGCUGGUGGACCAGCCCGGACUGGUUCUGGUGCAGUCCAAGGACCAGAUCACCGCAGGGAAUGCUGUGAGGAAAGACCAGAUGGAGGGCAAAGCUGCCAUCGCCAACAAGACGACGAGCUGCGUGUUUAAGCUGCUGCAGGAAUCCGGUAUUAAGACGGCCUUUGUGAAGCAGCACUCAGACACAGCGUUCAUCGCUGCCCACUGUGAAAUGAUUCCCAUUGAGUGGGUGUGUCGGAGGGUGGCGACCGGAUCCUUCCUGAAGAGGAAUCCAGGAGUCAAAGAAGGCUACCGCUUCUCUCCGCUGAAGAUGGAGAUGUUCUUUAAAGAUGAUGCCAACAAUGACCCUCAGUGGUCCGAGGAGCAGCUGCUGGAGGCCAAGUUCUGCCUGGCUGGGCUCACUAUCGGUCAGUGUGAGGUGGAUAUCAUGAACCGCAGCACCGUGGCCAUCUUUGAGAUUCUGGAGAAGGCCUGGGCCACUCAGAACUGCACGCUGGUGGAUAUGAAGAUUGAGUUUGGUGUCAAUGUGAAAACUCAAGAGAUCGUCCUCGCUGAUGUGAUCGACAACGACUCAUGGAGGCUGUGGCCAGCUGGAGAUCGAAGCCAGCAAAAAGAUAAGCAGGUGUAUCGUGACCUGAAGGAAGUCACCCCCGAGGCCAUGCAGGUGGUGAAGAGGAACUUUGAGUGGGUCUCUGAAAGGGUCAAGCUGCUGCUGGAGUCCCAGGCCAGUGGAAGGGUGGUGGUUCUGAUGGGCUCCACCUCGGACAUGGCCCACUGUGAAAAAAUCAAGAAGGCCUGUAGCUCCUAUGGAGUCCCCUGCGUCCUCAGAGUCACCUCGGCUCACAAAGGUCCAGACGAGACGCUCCGUAUCAAAGCAGAAUAUGAAGGUGAUGGUGUGCCCACUGUGUUCGUGGCUGUGGCCGGCAGAAGCAACGGUCUCGGUCCAGUGAUGUCAGGAAACACGGCUUAUCCUGUCAUCAACUGCCCCCCCCUCACUCCAGACUGGGGUGCUCAAGAUGUCUGGUCAUCCCUCCGUAUGCCAAGUGGUCUUGGCUGCUCCACGAUCCUCUCCCCCGACGCCGCUGCUCAGUUUGCGGCGCAGAUCUUCGGCCUGACCGAUCACCUGGUGUGGUGCAAACUGAGAGCCUCCAUGCUCAACACCUGGGUGUCUCUGAAGCUGGCUGACAAGAAGCUGCAGGCCUGCAGCCUCUGAAGGGGCUCAGGACCUCGUUGAGCCUCGUGUGCUCCUCUGUCCGUCUACGCCUCGUCUUCGUUUACCGCGACAAACCCGCUAACAGUAGAUCUAAUCUACACCUUCUUCCUCACACGUGAAUCAUUCCACUGAAAGAGAAAAUGAUUAAAAGCUUCUUAAUGAAAUG